GGGGUGGGGGGAUGGAUGCCGGUGCAUGCACUUUGUGCAGCGUUUCGUGCAGGGGUGAUGCGGCGAGCGCGUGCCUUUCGCGGUGGGAUUUCGCGCAUUCAUUUGGUGCAUGCAUUUUUUGCAUGUAUUUCUUGUGUCCUCGUCAUGCAUUUCUCCCCUUGCACACACGCAUUUUCCCCUUUGCAUCCGCAGGGACGCAUGGAGUACCUCGUGAAAUGGAAGGGCUGGUCGCAGAAGUACAGCACAUGGGAGCCCGAAGAAAACAUCCUGGAUGCCCGCCUGCUUGCAGCCUUUGAGGAAAGGGAACGGGAGAUGGAGCUCUAUGGCCCCAAAAAGCGAGGACCCAAACCCAAAACCUUCCUCCUCAAGGCCCAGGCCAAGGCAAAGGCCAAAACCUACGAGUUCCGAAGUGACUCGGCCCGAGGCAUCCGGAUCCCCUACCCUGGACGCGCCCCCCAGGACCUGGCCUCUACUUCUCGAGCUCGUGAGGGCCUUCGGAACAUGGGUCUGUCCCCACCAGGAAGCAGCAGCAGCCCUAGCAGCACCUGCAGAGUGGAGCCCCCACGGGACCGGGACCGGGACCGAGACCGAGAGCGGGAGAGGGAGCGUGAGCGGGAGCGGGAACGAGAGAGGGAGCGCGAGCGGGAGCGGGGUGCCAGCCGCACGGAUGACAAACCCAGCUCACCCGGAGACAGCUCCAAGAAGCGAGGCCCCAAGCCCCGGAAGGAGCUCCUGGACCCCUCGCAGAGGCCCUUGGGAGAAGCCAGCGAUGGCCUCGGAGAUUACCUCAAGGGCAGGAAGCUGGACGAGGCCCCUUCUGGGGCAGGAAAGUUCCCAGCCGGCCACAGCGUGAUCCAGCUGGCCCGGAGGCAGGACUCGGACCUGGCCCAGUGCGGUGUGGCCAACCCCAGCCCGGCGGAGGCCACGGGCAAGCUGGCUGUGGACACCUUUCCGGCCAGGGUCAUAAAGCACAGGGCCACCUUCCUGGAGGCCAGAGGCCAGGGCACCAUGGACCCAGGUGGCCCCCGGGUCCGGCAUGGCUCAGGCACCCCCGGCUCUGUGGGGGGCUUGUAUCGGGACAUGGGGGCCCAGGGGGGAAGGCCCUCCCUCAUCGCCAGGAUCCCAGUGGCCAGAAUCCUGGGGGACCCAGAGGAGGAGUCGUGGAGUCCCUCUCUGACCAAUCUGGAGAAGGUGGUGGUCACCGACGUGACCUCAAACUUUUUGACCGUCACCAUUAAGGAAAGUAACACGGACCAAGGCUUUUUUAAAGAGAAAAGAUGAAUUGCUGGGUGGGUGAUCCCAGGACGAGAGAGCAGGAGAGAGAGUGGGAGCGCAAACUUGGCAUAACGCUUUUUAUUUCUGGGUGGGGGGCAGCCUUCUGGCUGGUCCUGUCCCUAACUUCACAUGCCCAGCCCUUUCCAUUCCUCCUCCCCUCCCUUCAGUUUUGGUUGGAAAGAUUAUCUCUAGAGUUAUAUUUUCUAUUAGAUGUAAAUAUGUUAUUUAAGAAAAAAUAUCUAAAUAUAUAUAUUUCAACUCU